GGGCGCAUGUAUGAUAAUCCAUUCUUCCCCUCUAGAUUUCCCUCGAACCUUCGUGGGGUAAAUUCUCAAAUUCUUGUGCAUUGCAGACAACAACAACGACAGCAACAACAGCAACAACUACAGCUCACGCCCAGAGAGCCAGGUUUCUAGCUAUAAGCACAUCCAUUAUCCACACUAUUCGCACUAUUCUUACCAUUUCGUGCAGUCUGUUCUCGAGUAGGUUGGUACAAAAUCUUCUUCCUUGUCUUUCGCCAUGAAUUUUCACAAAAAAUGCUGAGAAAUGCUGGGAGAUGCUGGGCCAGACACGACGAGAUACUGCACGAUACUGGAUGAUGGUCGUAUCUUUACCAAUCUUUUCAGUCUUUUCAAUCCACCUCCCUCCAACCCUCCAACCCUUCAAUGCUUCAAUGCUUCAAUGCUUGCUUCCAUGCUCCAUACAGCCGCCUCAACAGGGAUGCAAACGAUCAUUCCAUCCAACCUUACUCUUGUGGGUUUGGCUUGACUCUCUUAGUUCGAUUCUCGAUUCGAUCUCCCCGUCCUUUCAAUUUUCCUUCUUGUCAUUUAUCUUGUUUCAUGGUCCCUCCUGGUCAGUAGCUUACUUCUGUCGCAGAAUAUAUGAUACGUGUGAUGCGCCCUGGAUCAAUAAAGUGCCCUGGGUAAAGGGACCCAUUGACCCAUUUCGUGGAAUAGUACGGAGUUGCUUAAGAGAGAGAGAGAGCGAUACACACACAUAUAUAUUUACAUGUACACUCGACUGCCGUGCAUUCAAAAUUGACGAGCGAGGAUGAACUUUUAACUUCUAAUUCGACUGGGGAAACUGAGACUUUUCAAUCUUCUCGCCGUUCGGAACUUGCGAAUAUGCCUAGGAGUCGUUCCACAUCUAUCAAACAAUCCACUGUCACAAUAGAUUUAUCCUUAAUCCUCGACCCACUUAUGAAUACAGGCAGACUGAAGGACCCGUUCUAAUAUCCGGCUCUCAGUAAAAUGAGUAAAUUUACAAAGUCCGGGACCUGGAAGACGGAAGCUACAGGUCGAACAAAUACUGGUUCGACCAUUCGUGGAAAGAUUUCUGCUCCCAUUCCAAUCCAGGACGACGACGAAUUUCCCAUUCGGUCUCCAGGAACUGGUAUAGCAACUCCCCUUGGAUCUCUUAAUUCUGAUGGAAUCGAAAAAGUUAUGAGGGGGUCCGCCAUUUCUGGCCGAGAUAGUGCUCUGGCACAUGGAGACACGGGGACCGGGAGCUAUAUCGAACCACCCAGGCGAAUUGGGACCUCCCCUCUACCAUCCGAUCGGCCAUCCUAUAACGCCCCUUCACGUAGGACAGAGGACUACAGUAUUCCAAGGAGCUCAUCGCCUGUUGGCAGACCAUCAGGGUCAAUACUCUCGAAGCCUGCGCGAAAGAAGUCGACCUUUAAAGGAGUGUUUGGCAAAAUAUUUGGCAAGAAAAAGAAGGAUGCUGCAAAUAGGAAGCAGAGCGUUGGUGCUCUGCAAAGCGAACAGCAUCACCGCAGCGACCCAUCUGCGCUCAGCCGAAGUCCACUGAACACUGCGACCUCCCCCGAACGAUCUACCUCCAUGCCGAUCAACGAGUUCAAUCGAGCCCUCCGAUCGCAUUCUCCUUUUGUAGACACCAGCUUAAAGGAACAGAUUAAUACCGAGCGGGACCCAAAUCGUAUAUCCACACAAACACAAAGCACAACGACAAGAACAAGGGUUACAACAGGUAGACUAUAUACUCCAGAUAAAACACCAGGCUAUGUGGAUUGGACGGGGCUUUCGCCACGACCCGCAAGUGCUCAAGCUAAAGGCAGCAAAGCUUCUUCUGACGAGGCGAUUUCUGGUUCAAUUGGAAUGGCAGUUACAAGUAGCAGUCACCCAAACAGACGUUCAAGGUCUCUCGGUCAAUUGCGUGAAGCUGCAAGAAUUGCGGGAGGAACAGAUAGACGUCGGAGCGACGAGAUUCGUUAUUGGAGAGCAAGCUACGAUCCGGGGCCAUUGUCUCCAUUAUCUUCGGACAAAGCUGAAGUGGAGGAACCUAGAUCAAUGAAUGAUCCGGAAAGUCCACGAUUGAUAGAUUCUCAGGAUCAGCCACAGCCUUUUAAUUUUGGCCAUUUGAGUGGAUUGAGUGGCAUGAAAAUUACCCAGGCUGCCGACCUGGCGACUAGAGUUGAUCGCAUUGAGUCUAGAUUAGUCGAAAUGGAGAAGACGGUAUUUCAGAUUCAUCGGCGACUCAACGGAAACGGAGACAAUGUCGCACUUCAAGAUCCACCUAAAGGAGGCAAAAGAGAACGCAGCUCUUCUGCUCGUCGUCCUCCAACUGAUAAUUCAGAAACGACUUUACCCGGCUUACCCCGGCAUCGACACUGGCACGAAUUUGGAGCUCAAAGCCGACUCUCGAACAACAACAACGCUCACCGCCCGACAUCAUCAUCUCAUAACUCUUACCACCCUGACUUUGAUGAUACAAUGCAAGCUCCAUAUGCCACAACAACAGAUGAACGUGUGCACCUAAGCAGCUCCCACACCACUGGUCGACCCCUUUCAACCUCGACUACUAUUCGAGGUCUUCCAUCUAGCUCUCCUACGAUUCAAAAAGAUGCUCAUUUAACAAUGGAGCACUACACCAAUUUAACAAAUAUGUUCUUAGCGGAACAAUCUGCUCGCGAACAACUUGAAAAUGUUGUCCUCACUCUACAACGACAGAUUGCCUCCUAUCCCUCGGUAGCAUCCACGUCAUAUCCCACCCCUGAUUCUGCUACUGGAGCUGGCCCUAUUCUCGAUGCCACAUCCUCAUCUAAAGGCACAUCUGAAGGCUUUGGCAUUGAUAGUGAUGAUGACGCAUACGCAGCAGGUUCCGAAGUUUUUCAGACCCCUAAAGAAGAAUUAGGAGGUCAGAACUUUGGUGAUGAAGUUUUUGGGACUGGAAAGGGUUACGGAAGCGGUAGUUCAAGAUUGACUGUCGACACUGGGAAGGGUGAUGCAAGGACGUUGAGUUUAAGCCAGAUCACGAUGGGGAAGGGUGUUCAGCCUAGCUUGAACUUUUAAAAUUCCUACCAUCUAAGAAAGACAGGCUGCACAAAUAACUGGAUGAUUUUUCGUAUAUCUCAGUUGCGUCAUCGCGUAUGGAUUUCUACCAUUUGCUUGCCUUGUUUGAUUUUGACUUUCAGGAUGAUACCAUGAACAUCUACUAUUUUUUCUAUUUUUUCUUCAUAUCCCAUUCUCCUGCAUUUGCAUUUCUGUAUUAUAUUUUACGUACCCUGAUUUCGAGCAUGACUCGCCUUUGCCUUUCACCUGCACAUCAUGAAUCUCGUGGUCAUCCCAGCAUGGAAAGUUUGAUAUUUUUUUUGUCAGAUCUCGUUUGUUGCUUUUCUUCCAAAUGUAAUUAUAGAGGGGUUUGAAUGGAGUUUGGGUUGGACGGCCAAAUGGAACUGGAGCUUCCAAAUAUGGUGGACAGAGGAAGGAGGGGAAUGGGUGUCCCGAUUAAUUCUAGGCCCUUUUUAUGUUCGUAUUAUUGUAUUAUUUAGUGGAAGGAUUACGAGAUGUGAAUAGAGGAAAAUAAGGGAUUAGAAGCGUGGGCGAAAAUGAUGUUUGAGCAUUUAUAUACUUACAGAGCGAGCAACUAGUUUGUCGGGAAUUUCGAAUCAAAAGAAUCAAGAACUACAUAUACCCAAAUGCAUACAUGAAUUGUCUCAUCUCAGAUGGUUCAUUUACUAUAAAAUCUAUCAUGUGGCAGACUGAACCAGGAGCCGCAAAUCUAUUCCUUGAGCA